AUGAAGGUCUCCACUAUCCUCGGCCUGCUCCCCGGCGCAGCUCUUGCAUCCGAUGUCUUGAGCGUUGCCUUUUUCGCCAAAGAGAAGAACCAGCUGUAUGACUUCAUCUCGGCCAACAGCGAGAUCGACUAUGGCUGCCGUCCCGUUGUCAUGGCGGAUGGCGAGGAGCACAAGCUCCACGCCGUGGUCUCUGAGCACGAAUUGCGCAGCUUGAAGCGGAAUUUGGACACUUCCGUUGUUCGCAUCGAAACGCUCGACAACCUCAAUAAGCGACAGAGCGCCGUUGCGCCGAUUGGAAAGGGCGACCGCUUCAAGAGCGGAAAGGUCGCACCCCGUGGUCUUGGAACGCAGAAGCCAGAGGCGUACGGUGCCUACGAAAGCGCUGGUAUUCUCAACGCGGACGAAGUUUACAGCGCGAUGAAGGGCCUGGAGAAAGAGUAUGGCUUGGAGCUCUUUACUGCGCCACACAAGACCUAUGAAGGCAACACGCUUCUCGGUGGUGUUGCGAAUAAAGCGGAGAAGAUCAAGAAGGACAAGCAGUACAUUUACUUCACGUCAGGUAUACAUGCUCGCGAGCGUGGUGGGCCUGACAACCUCAUCUUCUUCAUCUCCGAUUUGCUUUAUGCCAACAAACACCGCAUCGGCCUGACCUACGGCAACAAGACUUACUCCAACAAAGACGUCAAGAAAGCGCUUGGAGCCGGUAUUGUCUUCAUUCCGAUGACAAAUCCCGACGGUGUCCGUCACGACCAGGCAAACAGCAACCUGUGGCGCAAGAACCGCAACCCGGCUUCCUCGCGACCAAACGAGCCUUUGUCUGUCGGUGUCGACCUCAACCGCAACUUCGACUUUCUCUGGAACUAUACCGAGAAGUUUGUCCCUACCGUCUCCCCUGCAUCGAACAACGCCUCAUCUCAGGCAUUCUACGGCACUGCUCCCUUCUCCGAGCCCGAAACUCAAAACAUCGCCUGGGUCUACGAUGUCUUCCCCAACAUCCGCUGGUACAUCGAUGUGCAUUCCGCCGCAGGCACAUUGCUCUACUCUUGGGGCGACGACGUCGAUCAGUCUUUCGAUCCCAAACAGAACCUCUUCAACACCGAGUUCGAUGGCAAACGCGGCGAUGUGGAGGACGAGGUUUACAAGGAGUACAUCUCCCAGGAAGACUGGGAUAACAUCCGGUUGCAGGCAAACCUCACCACUGCAGCUAUGAACGCUACUGCCGGCCGGGCAUAUGUUCCUCAGCAAGCCGUAGGUUUGUAUCCAACUAGCGGUGCUUCAGACGAUUGGACUUUCUCAAGAUGGCACAAAGAUAAGAGCCUCAACAAGGUUUAUGGAUUCACCUUGGAAUUUGGAUACCCGACAAAUUUCUAUCCUACCGCGGAGGAGUACGUGCAGAACAUCAUCGACACCAAUGCUGGCUUCAUGGAGUUUAUCCUGACCGCUGACGAGAUUGGCCUCAAGGGUUAG